AACUGUCUGAAGUUUUCCAAGCAGUUUUUUAAAUGUUUAAUAUUAAACCUUAAUGUCAAGCAUGUAAAACAGUGGAUAGAUGAGCAGUCACAUACUUGUAAACAUUAAUAUUGGUAAUUAAUGUUUUGUGGCACUCCCAGUCUUCCAUAUAUAAGGGAGCAGAAUGAAUGGAGAACAUAUUGUGAAUGACAUCCAUUUAGAAACACACACUUUUAGUUCAUCUGUACCACUCAAAUCCAUCAUCAUGAGUUACGGUGGUCACUCCUCUGCUGGAUCACACCAUGGAAGCUGCCAUGUUGGUAGUCAUCUGUCUAAGAUCCCAAGCCACACAUAUGGUGUUUCUCAUGGAGGAUCUUCAAUUAGCCAUCAUGGAGGAUCCCUCUCUUCUCACCAGCAUGGGGGAUCUCAUGCUUCUCAUCAUGGAGGAUCCCACUCUUCUCACCACCAUGGGUGUUCUCCUGCUUCUCAUCAUGAAGGAUCCCACCCUUCUCACCACCAUGGGGGAUCUCAUGCUUCUCAUCAUGGAGGAUCCCACUCUUCUCACCACCAUGGGGGUUCUCAUGCUUCUCAUCAUGAAGGAUCCCACCCUUCUCACCACCAUGGGGGUUCUCAUGCUUCUCAUCAUGGAGGAUCCCAUCAUUUACAUCUUGGAGGAUCCCACUCUUCUCAUCACCAUGGGGGUUCUCAUGCUUCUCAUCAUGGAGGAUCCCAUAAUUUACAUCAUGGAGGUUCCCAUACUUCUCAUCACCAUGGGGGUUCUAAUGCUUCUCAACAUGGAAGAUCCCAUAACUUACAUCUUGGAGGUUCCCAUACUUCUCACCAUGGAGGCUCCCACAGAUUCCAUUCUACAGGUUCUCAUAGUUCUCAUCAUAGAGGAUCCCAUGCCACCCACCAUGAAAGUUCCCAUAAAGUGCAUCACAGCAAUCACUAUAGAGCCCCCAGUGUACACGGAGGAUCAGGAGGCAAAGGAAUCUCCAUAUGUAAGCACGUUCAUGGAAGUUCUCACAGCGGCAGCCAUGAAAGCAUGAUUAGUCAUCAUGGUUUGUUCAAUGUCAAUGGGAAGGAAACCAUGCAGCAUUUGAAUGAUCGCUUGGCUUCCUACUUGGACAAAGUCCACUUCCUAGAGCAACAGAAUGCCCAGCUUGAAAGAAAUAUCCAGGAGUGGUACGAGAGGAAUCAGCCCAGCACUUUACCUGACUACAGCUGCUUCUUCAGAAUUAUUCAAGAGCUUCAAGGCCAGAUUUCCUCAACUUCUGUGGAAAAUGCCAGGAUUGUAUUACAAAUAGACAACGCUCGUCUAGCAGCAGAUGACUACAGAAACAAGUAUGAAAUGGAACGCCAACUGGCAAGCAGUGUUGAGGCUGAUGUGAAUGGACUUCGUAUACUCUUGGAAGAACUUAACAGGGAAAUAUGUCAGUUACAGGCACAAGUAGAAAACCUUCAGGAGGAACUGCAGCUAAUGAAGAGGAACCAUGGAGAGGAAGUCAACGCUUUGCAAGCUCAGUUGGGUGCCAGGGUCAAUGUGGAAAUGGAUGCUGCACCAUCGGCUGAUCUGAAUAGAACCUUGUUUGAGAUCAGAGAGCAGUAUGAGAAUCUGAUGGAGCGGAAUCUAAGAGAGGUGGAAACUAUUUUCCGACAACGCACUGAGGAACUGAAUCGUGAAGUUGCUUCUGGUUCUGAACAACUCCAGUCUGUACAAACUGAAGUCAUUGACAUGAGACGUACCAUCCAAACCUUGGAGAUCGAACUGCAAAGCCAGCUCAGCUUGAAAUCAGCUCUAGAAAACACCUUGGCAGAGACAGAAGCCACAUUUGGGGCCCAACUUGCCCAAUUACAAUGUUUGAUCAACAAUGUAGAGUCCCAGCUGGCCCAGAUGCGAUCUGACCUGGAACGUCAGAAUCAGGAAUACAUGAUCCUAAUGGACCAAAAGACUCACCUGGAGAUGGAGAUCGCCACCUAUAAGCGCCUAUUAGAGGGUCAUGAUAUCCACACUUCAAGUCAAAGUUUUCUAGGAGGCAGCCAUGGAUCUCACCACACAGUGAAAGUUCACCAUGUGACUAGCCCCAGUCAUCAUCAUCAUCAAAGUCAUCAUCAACAUCAUAAUCACCAUAAUGUUUGCUAAUGUGUUUCUGACUCUUCUGGA